AUGUAUCCACGUGCAACAACGGAGAACAAGGAAGGUGUACUUUCCAAGACCACACCCACUAAAACCAAUUGUGAUAAGGGAGGUUACAUAAUCUGCCUCUGGUCAGUCAUCACAGUCAACGCUGCCUGCAGACUGACGGAGCAAACGGUGAAUAUGAUUUCAAGACUGCAGUGGGGAGCGGUGGCCCCAAAACAAAAGGAGAAGCUUAGAGGUCAAGCGCAAAGAGUUGUAAUACACCACACCGCCCUUCCAAGCUACAAAGACUUUGGAGAAUGUAAAGAUCAUGUUGUCAGCAUUCAGAGAAUGCAUAUGAACCAAAGACACUUUGACGAUAUCGGAUACAAUUUUCUUGUUUCAGCAGACGGCACUGUGUUUGAGGGCCGUGGCUGGGGUGUGGUUGGAGCACAUACCAAAGGCCACAACAAUGACUCUCUGGGCAUUGCCUUCAUGGGGAAUUUCAACAAUGACACACCAAGAGAAGAGGCGAUAUUGUCGGUCAAACAGCUGCUCCAAUUCGGAGUUUCCCAGGGAUUUUUAGAAGCACACUUUGUCCUGUGUGGGCACCGAGAUUUGGGAGCCACAGAAUGCCCAGGAGAAAAUCUUUACGCUGCUCUACCACAACUGAGAGGCACAACGUAACGUUUGCAGUGGAUUUUUCUCCAGAGAAAUCGGCACCCAUGCCCUCAUUACCUCUUGUUUCAUCCCAUUUAUGGAACAAAAAGGGUGUUAGGAAGAAGAAAGAAUAAUCAAAACACUCACUAAUUGUUUUUUUUUCUUUUAUAUUUUUCUUUAUCUCAAAAUUUCAACUUGGAGCUCUUUUAAAAUAAGGAUUGUGUUGCACUACCCAUGAACUCUGUCAGGUUGUAUCUUUCAGCAGAGGGAGCCAUUACAGGGGAUUAUGCCAACUGCCUCCAGCUGUCUGCAAAUGAGAAGCACUUUCAUGUGGCAUCUCAAUCCGCUUUUGAAUUGAAUAUGGUCUUGUAAAUUGUUGUUAUUCAAUUUUUAAGUUAACUUGGUCAAGCUGCAAUAUGCUUAUGGAGUGCAAUAUUACCGUAUUUUUUUAAUGGAAAGGACUUGAUGUUAUAUUGUAAAUAAAGAUUUAUGAACUGCAUUUCUUCUAAUCAUGUACUCCAGUAUUUUCAGUAAGAACAUUUCGAUUAUGAGCGAUUAUUAUGAUACUUGAUUAUAGAAAUAGUUUAAGUCACACUCCUUUACUUCCCUAAAAUCACAUCAAUUGGAUAUUCUGGAAAGAAUUUAAAAAAAGGAAAGGGUAUCAUGGCCUUGAAAUAGGGGCUAGA